GCCUGUCCUUUCGUCCCUGUCCAGUCUGAGGACCGGCUGGAGUGUGGGCUGCUGGGUGGGAACCACGUCGUCCUGGGCCCCAGGAAGGAGGCAGCCCCAGCAGCCCCCAGCUCACCAUCUGCGCCCCUUGCCUGGGUGCUGCCCCAACCCCUGGUAGACACAGUCCCCCAAUCCUGCUGCUAUUAUGGACCACUCCUUCAGCGGAGCACCCCGCUUCCUGACGCGGCCAAAGGCCUUUGUGGUAUCGGUUGGCAAGGAUGCCACGCUGAGCUGCCAGAUCGUGGGCAACCCCACGCCACACGUGAGCUGGGAGAAGGACCGGCAGCCAGUGGAGGCAGGAGCGCGCUUCCGCCUGGCCCAGGACGGGGAUGUGUACCGCCUCACCAUCCUCGAUCUGGCGCUAGGUGACAGCGGGCAGUAUGUGUGUCGCGCGAGGAACGCCAUAGGGGAGGCCUUCGCCGCCGUAGGCCUGCGAGUGGACUCGGAGGGCACGUGUGCCGAGCAGGCCCCCCACUUUCUGCUCCGGCCCACGUCCAUUCGCGUGCGCGAGGGCGCGGACGCCACCUUCAGAUGUCGCGUCGGUGGCUCACCACAACCUGCUGUGAGCUGGUCCAAAGAUGGGCGGCGCCUGGGAUCACCCGACGCCCCCCAUGUGCACGUGGAAGAUCACGGCGAGGCGAGCGCGCUUCGCAUCCGGUCGGCAAGGCCUCGCGAUGGUGGCACCUACGAAGUCCGAGCAGAGAACCCUCUGGGUUCCGCCAGCGCUGCCGCCGCUUUGGUGGUGGACUCGGACGCCGAGGUUGCCGGACCACCCGGCACCUCCACCGCCACGCUCCUGGCGCAUCUGCAGCAGCGGCGCGAGGCCAUGCGCGCAGAGGGAGUCCCCCCUUCUCCACCCGGCGCUGGCACGCGCACCUGCACGGUGACCGAGGGCAAACACGCGCGCCUCAGCUGCUUUGUGACCGGCGAGCCCAAGCCCGAGACAGUAUGGAAGAAGGACGGGCAGCUGGUGACCGAGGGCCGGCGACACGUAGUGUAUGAGGACGAGCAAGAGAACUUCGUCCUUAAGAUUCUUUUCUGCAAGCAGUCCGACCGCGGCCUCUACACCUGCACAGCAUCCAACCUCGUGGGCCAGACCUACAGCUCGGUGCUGGUGGUCGUGAGAGAGCCGGCCGUGCCUUUCAAGAAGCGGCUGCAGGAUCUGGAGGUGCGAGAGAAAGAGUCUGCCACAUUCCAUUGCGAGGUGGCUCAAGCAGCCACCGAGGCGGCGUGGUUCAAGGAAGAGACCCGGCUAUGGGCCAGCGCCAAGUACGACAUCGAGGAGGAGGGCACCGAGCGCAGGCUGACUGUGCGCAACGUCUCGGCAGACGACGACGCGGUGUACAUCUGCGAGACCACAGAGGGCAGCCGCACGGUGGCAGAGCUCUCUGUUCAAGGAAACUUGACCAGAAAGCUGCCUCGGAAGACAGCCGUGCGCACUGGAGACACAGCCAUCUUUUGGGUGGAGCUGGCUGUCCCUGAAGGCCCUGUUCAGUGGCUACGGAACCAGGAGGAGAUGGUGGCAGGAGACCGGGUUGCCAUCACUGCAGAAGGCACAUGCCACACACUGACCAUCUUCCAGUGCACCUUGGAGGACAUGGGUGAGGUGGCCUUCGUGGCUGGUGGCUGCCGAACGACCACCCAGUUCUGUGUAUCAGCACCCAGGAGGCCACCCCUGUACCCUCCUGCUGACCCUGCUGUAAAGGCCAAGACAGAGAGUUCUGUGACCCUCAGCUGGUCCCCACCACCUCAUGGGGACCGCCCUGUCACUAUUGAUGGUUAUGUGGUGGAGAAGAGGAAGCUGGGUGCCUAUGCCUGGAGCAGGUGUCAUGAAGCUGAAUGGCUGGCCACAACUGAGUUUACAGUCACUGGCGUGGCAGAGGAAGGGGACUUCCAGUUCCGGGUGUCAGCCAUCAAUCACUUUGGCCAGGGUCCUUACCUUGAGUUUCCAGGGACCAUGCACUUGGUCCCCAUGCUGGCUGUUAAGACACCUCUGAAGGCGGUGGAGGCAGUGGAAGGUGGCGAGGUGACUUUCUCCGUGGACCUCACGGUGGCCUCUUCGGGUGAGUGGUUCCUGGAUGGGGAGGCCUUGAAAGCGAGCAGUAUAUAUGUGAUCCGUUGUGACCGUACCCGGCAUAUGCUCACCAUCAAAGAGGUGCCCGCCAGAUUGCAUGGGGCACAGCUGAAGUUCGUGGCUAAUGGCAUUGAAACCAGCAUCCAAAUGGUGGUUCGAGCGGCUCUGGGGCUGCCCAGCAGCAAGCUUCCUGCUGUGGCUGCCCGGGAGGUACUGGCCCAGUUGCACGAGGAGGCACAGCUGCUGGCUGAGCUGUCAGACCAGGCUGCGGCUGUGACUUGGCUGAAAGAUGGCCGGGAGCUGUCCCUAGGGCCCAAGUAUGAGAUGCAGGUGUCAGCUGGGAGGCGAGCACUGCUGGUGCGGGAUGUGGCACAGGAUGACGCUGGCCUCUAUGAGUGUGUCAGUCGUGGGAGCCGCAUUGCCUACCAGCUGUUGGUGCAAGAGCCCAAGCUGGUGUUUGCCAAGAAGCAGCCAGCUUACAGCGAGGUGAAGGCAGAGGCCGGGGCCAGCGCCACACUGAGCUGCGAGGUGUCCCAGGCUCAGACCGAGGUGUCAUGGUUCAAGGAUGGGAAGAAGCUGAGCUCCAGCUCAAAGGUGCGCGUGGAGGCCUCGGGCUGCUCCAGGAGGCUGGUGGUGCAGCAGGCGGGCAAGGCAGAUGCUGGGGAGUACAGCUGCGAGGCUGGGGGACAGAAGGUCUCCUUCCGUCUGGACAUUACAGAGCCCAAGAUGGUGUUUGCCAAGGAGCAGAAGGCACAAAACGAGGUGAAGGCAGAAGCAGGGGCCAGUGUCACACUGAGGUGCGAGGUGGCCCAGGCCCAGACCGAGGUGACAUGGUUCAAGGAUGGGAAGAAGCUGAGCUCCAGCUCAAAGGUGCGCGUGGAAGCCUCAGGCUGCUCCAGGAGGCUGGUGGUGCAGCAGGCGGGCAAGGCGGAUGCUGGGGAGUACAGCUGUGAGGCCGGGGGACAGAAGGUCUCCUUCCGUCUGGAUGUCACAGAGCCCAAGAUACUGUUUGCCAAGGAGCAGCAGGCACGCAGUGAGGUGAAGGCAGAGGCAGGGGCCAGUGCCACACUGAGCUGCGAGGUGGCCCAGGCCCAGACUGAGGUGUCAUGGUUCAAGGAUGGGAAGAAGCUGAGCUCCAGCUCGAAGGUGCGCAUGGAAGCCUCGGGCUGCUCCAGGAGGCUGGUGGUGCAGCAGGCGGGCAAGGCGGAUGCUGGAGAGUACAGCUGUGAGGCUGGGGGACAGAAGGUCUCCUUCCAUCUGGACGUGGCAGAGCCCAAGGUCAUGUUUGCCAAGGAGCAGCAGGCACACAGCGAGGUGAAGGCAGAGGCAGGGACCAGUGCCACACUGAGCUGCGAGGUGGCCCAGGCCCAGACUGAAGUGACAUGGUUCAAGGAUGGGAAGAAGCUGAGCUCCAGCUCGAAGAUGCGCAUGGAGGCCUCAGGCUGCUCCAGGAGGCUGGUGGUGCAGCAGGCAGGCAAGGCAGAUGCUGGGGAGUACAGCUGUGAGGCCGGGGGACAGAAGGUCUCCUUCCACCUGGAUGUGGCAGAGCCCAAGCUGGUGUUUGCCAAGGAGCAGCAGGCACGCAGCGAGGUGAAGGCAGAGGCAGGGGCCAGUGCCACACUGAGCUGUGAGGUGGCCCAGGCCCAGACCGAGGUGUCAUGGUUCAAGGAUGGGAAGAAGCUGAGCUCCAGCUCGAAGGUGCGCAUGGAGGCCUCGGGCUGCUCCAGGAGGCUGGUGGUGCAGCAGGCGGGCAAGGCGGAUGCUGGGGAGUACAGCUGUGAGGCUGGGGGACAGAAGGUCUCCUUCCAACUGGAUGUGCCAGAACCCAAGCUAGUGUUUGCCAAGGAGCAGCAGGCACGCAGUGAGGUGAAGGCAGAGGCAGGGGCCAGUGCCACACUGAGCUGUGAGGUGGCCCAGGCCCAGACUGAGGUGACAUGGUUCAAGGAUGGGAAGAAGCUGAGCUCCAGCUCGAAGGUGCACGUGGAGGCCUCGGGCUGCUCCAGGAGGCUGGUGGUGCAGCAGGCAGGCAAGAUGGAUACUGGGGAGUACAGCUGUGAGGCCGGGGGACAGAAGGUCUCCUUCCGUCUGGACGUCACAGAGCCCAAGCUGGUGUUUGCCAAGGAGCAUCAGGCACAAAACAAGGUGAAGGCAGAGGCAGGGGCUAAUGCCACACUGAGCUGCGAGGUGUCCCAGGCCCAAACUGAGGUGACAUGGUUCAAGGAUGGGAAGAAGCUGAGCUCCAGCUCAAAGGUGCGCGUGGAGGCCUCGGGCUGCUCCAGAAGACUGGUGGUGCAGCAGGCGGGCAAGGCAGAUGCUGGGGAGUACAGCUGUGAGGCCGGGGGACAGAAGGUCUCCUUCCGUCUGGACAUUACAGAACCCAAGCUGGUGUUUGCCAAGGAGCAACAGGCACACAGCGAGGUGAAGGCAGAGGCAGGGGCCAGUGCCACACUGAGCUGUGAGGUGGCCCAGGCUCAGACUGAGGUGACAUGGUUCAAGGAUGGGAAGAAGCUGAGCUCCAGCUCGAAGGUGCGCGUGGAGGCCUCAGGCUGCUCCAGGAGGCUAGUGGUGCAGCAGGCAGGCAAGGCGGAUGCUGGGGAGUACAGCUGUGAGGCCGGGGGACAGAAGGUCUCCUUCCGUUUGGACGUCACAGAGCCCAAGCUGGUGUUUGCCAAGGAGCAGCAGGCACGCAGCGAGGUGAAGGCAGAGGCAGGGGCCAGUGCCACACUGAGCUGCGAGGUGGCCCAGGCCCAGACUGAGGUGACAUGGUUCAAGGAUGGGAAGAAGCUGAGCUCCAGCUCAAAGGUGCGCGUGGAGGCCUCGGGCUGUUCCAGGAGGCUGGUGGUGCAGCAGGCGGGCAAGGCGGAUGCUGGGGAGUACAGCUGUGAGGCCGGGGGACAGAAGGUCUCCUUCCGCCUGGAUGUUCCAGAGCCCAAGCUGGUGUUUGCCAAGAAGCAGCAGGCACGCAGCGAGGUGAAGGCAGAGGCAGGCGCCAGUGCCACACUGAGCUGUGAGGUGGCCCAGGCCCAGACUGAGGUGACAUGGUUCAAGGAUGGGAAGAAGCUGAGCUCCAGCUCGAAGGUGCACGUGGAGGCCUCGGGCUGCUCCAGGAGGCUGGUGGUGCAGCAGGCGGGCAAGGCAGAUGCUGGGGAGUACAGCUGUGAGGCCGGGGGACAGAAGGUCUCCUUCCAUCUGGACGUCGCAGAGCCCAAGCUGAUGUUUGCCAAGGAGCAGCAGGCACGCAGCGAGGUGAAGGCAGAGGCAGGGGCCAGUGCCACACUGAGCUGCGAGGUGGCCCAGGCCCAGACCGAGGUGACAUGGUUCAAGGAUGGGAAGAAGCUGAGCUCCAGCUCAAAGGUGCGCGUGGAGGCCUCAGGCUGCUCCAGGAGGCUGGUGGUGCAGCAGGCGGGCAAGGCAGAUGCUGGGGAGUACAGCUGUGAGGCCGGGGGACAGAAGGUCUCCUUCCGCCUGGAUGUGGCAGAGCCCAAGGUGAUGUUUGCCAAGGAGCAGCAGGCACGCAGCGAGGUGAAGGCAGAGGCAGGCGCCAGUGCCACACUGAGCUGCGAGGUGGCCCAGGCCCAGACUGAGGUGACAUGGUUCAAGGAUGGGAAGAAGCUGAACUCCAGCUCGAAGGUGCGCGUGGAGGCCUCGGGCUGCUCCAGGAGGCUGGUGGUGCAGCAGGCAGGCAAGGCAGAUGCUGGGGAGUACAGCUGCGAGGCCAGGGGACAGAAGGUCUCCUUCCAUCUGGACGUCGCAGAGCCCAAGGUGAUGUUUGCCAAGGAGCAGCAGGCACACAGCGAGGUGAAGGCAGAGGCAGGGGCCAGUGCCACACUGAGCUGCGAGGUGGCCCAGGCCCAGACCGAGGUGACAUGGUUCAAGGACGGGAAGAAGCUGAGCUCCAGCUCAAAGGUGUGCAUGGAAGCCUCGGGCUGCUCCAGGAGGCUGGUGGUGCAGCAGGCAGGCAAGGCAGACUCUGGGGAGUACAGCUGCGAGACCGGGGGACAGAAGGUCUCCUUCCGUCUGGAUGUCACAGAGCCCAAACUGGUGUUUGCCAAGGAGCAGCAGGCACGCAGCGAGGUGAAGGCAGAGGCAGGGGCCAGUGCCACACUGAGCUGCGAGGUGGCCCAGGCCCAGACCGAGGUGGCAUGGUUCAAGGACGGGAAGAAGCUGAGCUCCAGCUCAAAGGUGCGCAUGGAGGCCUCGGGCUGCUCCAGGAGGCUGGUGGUGCAGCAGGCGGGCAAGGCGGACUCUGGGGAGUACAGCUGCGAGGCCGGGGGACAGAAGGUCUCCUUCCGUCUGGACGUGGCAGAGCCCAAGUUGGUGUUUGCCAAGGAGCAGCAGGCACGCAGCGAGGUGAAGGCAGAGGCAGGGACCAGUGCCACACUGAGCUGCGAGGUGGCCCAGGCCCAGACUGAGGUGACAUGGUUCAAGAAUGGGAAGAAGCUGAGCUCCAGCUCGAAGGUGCGCGUGGAGGCCUCAGGCUGCUCUAGGAGGCUGGUGGUGCAGCAGGCAGGCAAGGCGGAUGCUGGGGAGUACAGCUGUGAGGCUGGGGGACAGAAGGUCUCCUUCCAUCUGGAUCUCACAGACACCAAGCUGAUGUUUGCCAAGGAGCAGCAGGCACGCAGCGAGGUGAAGGCAGAGGCGGGGGCCAGUGCCACACUGAGCUGCGAGGUGGCCCAGGCCCAGACUGAGGUGACAUGGUUCAAGGAUGGGAAGAAGCUGAGCUCCAGCUCGAAGGUGCGCGUGGAGGCCUCGGGCUGCUCCAGGAGGCUGGUGGUGCAGCAGGCGGGCAAGGCAGAUGCUGGGGAGUACAGCUGUGAGGCCGGGGGACAGAAGGUCUCCUUCCGUCUGGACAUCACAGAACCAGAGCCUGAGUCCCAGAUUCCGGAGAGACCCAGCCGCAGGGAGCCUCUGGUUGUCAAGGAACAUGAGACCUUUGUCCUGACUGUCACAAUGGCUGCACCCUCGGUGGCUGCUGUGACCUGGCUCAAAGACGGCGUGGAGAUCCGCCGCAGUAAGCGGCAUGAGGCCACCAGUCUGGGUGACACCCAUACCCUGACUGUGAAAGGUGCUCAGGUCCUGGACAGUGCCAUCUACAGUUGCCGUGUUGGCAAAGAAGGCCAGGACUUCCCGGUGCAGGUAGAAGAGGUGGCUGCCAAGUUCUCCAAACACCUGGAGCCCAUCGAAGGGGAAUUGGGGGGCACCGUGACGCUAGUCUGUGAGCUGAGCCCAGAACAGGCAGAGGUUGUGUGGCGCUGUGGGAACACACAGCUGCGGGCGGGCAAACGCUUCCAGAUGACAUCCGAGGGGCCUAGACGCACACUGACUGUGUCUGGCCUUCGAGAGGAUGAUGCAGAGGAGUAUGUGUGUGAGAGCCGGGAUGACCACACCAGUGCACGGCUCACUGUCAAAGUUCCCCGAGUGGUCAAGUUUACAUCUGGAUUGAGUGCCAUGGUCGCAGAGGAGGGCCAAGAGGCCACCUUUCAGUGUGUCGUGUCCCCCAGCGAUGCGGCGGUCAUGUGGUACAAGGAUGGCACACAGCUGCAGCCUAGCGAGAAGUUUGUUAUGGUACAGAGUGGGGCCAGUCGCAGCUUGACGAUCUUGAACCUGACCCUGGAGGAUGCUGGUCAUGUCACAGUGGAGGCUGAGGGUGCCUCAUCUUCUGCUGCCCUCCGGGUCCGAGAGGCACCGAUCCUCUUCAAAAAGAAGCUUGAGCCACAGACGGUGGAGGAGAGGACCUCUGUGACACUGGAGGUGGAGCUGACUCGGCCCUGGCCGGAGGUGAAGUGGACGCGGAAUGCUGCCGUCCUGACACCCAGCGAGAACGUGGAGAUCUGUGCCGAGGGUGCUCGGCACCGUCUGGUGCUGCGCAGUGUGGGCUUUGCUGACCGUGGCUUCUUUGGCUGUGAGACACCAGAUGACAAGACUCAGGCCAAGCUCAACGUAGAAAUGCGGCAGGUCCGGCUGGUUCGAGGCUUACAAGAUGUGGAGGCUAAGGAGCAGGGCACAGCCUCGAUGGAUGUGGAAUUGUCCCAUGCUGAGGUGGAGGGCAGCUGGACCCGAGAUGGCCUGCGACUUCAGCCUGGGCCCAAAUGCCACCUGGCUGUACAAGGCCCUGUCCACAUCCUCACACUUUCAGCGCUGCAGCCACAGGACAGCGGGUUGGUGGCCUUCAGGGCCGAGGGCGUGCACACGUCUGCACGGCUCAUAGUCACUGAGUUGCCUGUGAGCUUCACCAGACUACUGCAGGAUGUGGUGGCCACUCAGAAAGAGAAGGUGACCCUGGAGUGUGAGUUGUCACGGCCUGUGGAUGUUCGCUGGCUGAAGGAUGGUGUGGAGCUUCGGGCAGGCAAGGCCAUAGGCCUAGUGGCCCAGGGAACCUGCAGGAGUCUUGUUAUCUACCGCUGUGAGACUGGGGACCAGGGUGUCUAUGUAUGUGAUGCUCUUGAUGCUCAGACCUCUGCCUCUUUGAGGGUGCAAGGUCGCAGUGUUGAGAUUACUAAGCCACUGAAGGAUGUGGAAGUGAUGGAGAAGGAGGGUGCCACAUUCUCCUGUGAGGUGUCCCAUGAUGAGGUUCCUGGCCUAUGGUUCCGAGAAUCCAGUAAGCUACGGCCCAGUGACAACGUGCGCAUCCGGCAGGAAGGGAGGACAUACACUCUUAUCUUCCGGAGGGUACUGGCAGAAGACGCAGGGGAGAUCAAGUUUGUAGCUGAGAACGCAGAAUCAAGAGCUCACCUCCGAGUGAAAGAACUGCCUGUGACCCUGCUGCGCCCACUGCGGGACAAGAUUGCCAUGGAAAAACACCGUGGUGUGCUUGAGUGCCAGGUGUCCCGGGCUAGUGCCCAGGUGCGGUGGUUCAAGGGCAGAGUCGAGUUGCAGCCUGGGCCCAAGUACGAGGUGGUCAGUGACGGCCUUUACCGCAAACUGGUCAUCAAUGAUGUGCAGCCGGAGGAUGAAGAUACUUACACCUGUGAUGCCGGUGAUGUCAAGACCAGUGCCCAGUUCUUUGUGGAAGAGCAGUCCAUCACUAUUGUGCGGGGGCUGAAGGACAUGACAGUUAUGGAGCCUGCCCCUGCCUGGUUUGAAUGUGAGACCUCCAUCCCUUCUGUGAGGCCACCCAAGUGGCUCCUCGGUAAGACUGUGCUACAAGCAGGGGCAAACGUGGGACUGGAGCAAGAUGGCACCGUGCACCGGCUGACACUGCACAAGACCUGUUCUACCAUGACCGGGCCUGUGCACUUCACCAUCGGCAAGUCCCGCUCCUCUGCCCAGCUUGUUGUCUCAGACAUUCCUGUGGUACUGACACGGCCUCUGGAGCCCAAAGCAGGGCGUGAGCUGCAGUCGGUAGUCCUGUCCUGUGACUUCAGGCCAGCCCCCAAGGCUGUGCAGUGGUACAAGGAGAACACACCUCUGUCCCCGUCAGAAAAGUUCAAGAUGGUGCUGGAGGGCCAGAUGGCAGAGCUGCGCAUCCUCCGGCUCACUCCAACUGAUGCCGGGGUCUACCGGUGCCAGGCGGGUAGUGCCCAGAGCAGUGCCGAGGUUACUGUGGAAGCUCGGGAGGUGACGGUGAUUCAGCCACUGCAGGAUGCUGAAGCCAUGGAGGAAGGCCGGGUCUGCUUCUCCUGUGAGCUAUCCCAUAAGGACGAGGACAUCGAAUGGUCACUCAAUGGUGUACCCCUGUACAAUGACAGCUUCCACGAGAUCAGCCAUGAGGGCUGUCUCCACACAUUGGUGCUGAAGAGUGUCCGGCAGACUGACACAGGCACUGUGUGCGCCACCUCUCCCAAGGUGUCUGUUUCUGCCCGGCUGGUGGUUAAAGCAAAGCCAGUGGUGUUCCUGAAAGCACUGGAUGACGUAUCUGCCGAAGAACGUGGCACGCUGACCCUGCAAUGCGAGGUCUCCGACCCUGAGGCACAGGUGGUUUGGCGCAAAGAUGGUGUGGAACUGGGCCCCAGCGACAAGUAUGAUUUCCUACACAAGGCAGGUGCUCGAGGCCUUACGGUCCAUGACCUGAGCCACGAGGAUGCUGGACUGUACACCUGCCAGGUGGGCAGUAAGGAGACCCAGUCCAGGGUCAGCGUGCAUGAUCUUCAUGUGGGCAUCACCAAGAGGUUAAAGACGGUGGAGGUGCUGGAGGGAGAGAGCUGCAGUUUUGAGUGUGUCCUUUCCCAUGAGAGUCCCAGUGACCCAGCAGUGUGGACGGUCGGUGGGAAGACAGUGGGUAGUUCUGGCCACUUUCAGGCUGUUCGGCAGGGCCGCAAAUAUACCCUGACAGUCAAAGAUGCUGCUCUCAGUGAUGCAGGAGAGGUGGUCUUCUCAGUGUUGGGCCUCACAUCCAAGGCCUCGCUCAUCAUCAGAGAGAGGCCAGUGGACAUCACAAAGCCCCUGGAGGACCAGCGGACUAUGCUUGGGGAAGAUGCGAUGCUAAGCUGUGAGUUGUCUAGGGCAGACACCUCUGUGCGCUGGCUGAAAGAUGGGAAGGCCAUCCGGAAGAGCCAGAAGUAUGACCUGCUCAGUGAAGGCACGCGGGCUGUGCUGGUUGUCCGAAAGGCCUCGCUCAAGGAUUCUGGGGAAUACACCUGUGAGACAGAAGCUUCCAAAAGCACUGCCAAGCUCUGUGUAGAAGAAAAGGCAAACCGGUUCACAGAAGAGCUAGCUGAUCUGCAGGUGGAAGAGAAGGGCAGGGUUGUGUUGACAUGCAAGACAGAGCACCCAGCAUCCGUCGUGACCUGGCGCAAAGGCCUCUUGGAGCUUCGUGCCUCAGGGAAGCACAUCCCCAGUCAGGAGGGCUUGACCCUGAAGCUCACCAUCAAUGCCCUGGAGAGGACAGACAGUGACACUUACACCUGUGACAUUGGCCAAGCCCGGACCCAGGCCAGGCUCCUCGUCCAUGGCCAGAAAGUGCGAGUUAUUGAGGACCUAGAGGACACUGCUGUCCAGGAGGGCUCCUCUGCCAAGUUUUGCUGCCGCAUCUCCCCAGCUGACUACAGCCCUGUGCACUGGUUCCUGGAUAAGACCCCCUUGCACAGCAAUGAGCUGAACGAGAUCACUGCCCAGCCUGGAGGCUACCAUGUGCUCACCCUGCGGCAGCUAGCGCUCAAGGAUUCAGGCACUGUCUACUUCGAGGCGGGUGACCAGCGGACCUCAGCUGCCCUGCGGGUGACUGAGAAGCCGAGCAUCUUCUCUCGGCCGCUCACAGACGUCACAGUCACAGAAGGUGAGGACCUGACUCUUGUCUGUGAAACCACCACUGUGGAGAGCUCUGUGCGCUGGACCAAAGACGGGAAGACACUCAGGCCAUCGGCACGAUGCCAGCUAAGCCAUGAAGGCUGUCAGGCCCAGCUGCGCAUCACUGGCACUACCCUACAAGAUGGUGGGCGGUACAAAUGUGAGGUUGGCGGAGCCUCCAGCAGCUCCAUUGUCAGGGUCCAUGCUCGGCCAGUGCGGUUCAGGGAGUCCCUGAAGGACGUGGAGGUGCCAGAGGGCAAGGCUGCCACACUGUGCUGUGUGCUGUCAUCCGUGGCUGCACCUGUGGAGUGGCGUCGUGGAGAUGUCGUCCUGAAAUCCAGCAACAAGUACACCCUGCGGCAAGAGGGUGCUGUGCUGGAACUGGUCAUCCGAGACCUGCAGCCCCAGGACAGUGGGCAAUACUCAUGCUCCUUUGGGGACCAGACAACUUCAGCCACACUCACAGUGAAAACCUCCUCUGCCCAGUUCAUUGGAAAACUAAGAAACAAGGAGGCUACAGAAGGGACCAUGGUCACACUGAGGUGUGAGCUGACCAAAGAGGCCCCCGUGGAAUGGAAGAAGGGAACAGAGACCCUGAGCAAUGGGGACAAAUACAGCCUGAAGCAGGAUGGAGCUGUGUGUGAGCUGCAGAUCUGUAGUCUGCUUGUGGCAGAUGCAGGGGAGUACUUGUGUGUAUGCGGACAGGAGAAGACUUCAGCCACUCUGACUGUCAAGGCUCUGCCUGUCCACUUUAUCAGAAGGCUCAGGAGCAAGGAGGCCACAGAAGGGGACACGGCCACACUGCAGUGUGAACUGAGCAAGGCUGCCCCUGUGGAGUGGAGGAAGGGAACAGAGACCCUGAGAGAUGGGGACAGAUACAGCCUGAAGCAGGAUGGGGCCGUGUGUGAACUGCAGAUCCGCAGCCUGGCUGUAGCAGAUGCUGGAGAGUACUUGUGCAUGUGUGGACAGGAAAAGACCUCAGCCACACUGACCAUCAGGGCCCUUCCAGCUAAGUUCAAAGACGGUCUGAAGAAUGAAGAGGCCACGGAAGGGACCACGGCUACACUGAGCUGUGAACUGAGCAAGGCAGCUCCUGUGACAUGGAAGAAAGGACCGAAGACCUUGCGAGAUGGAGACAAAUAUGGCCUGAGGCAGGACGGAGCUGUGUGUGAGCUGAAGAUCCAUGGCCUGACCACGGCUGAUGCUGGGGAGUACUCAUGUGUGUGUGGACAGGAGAAGACCUCAGCCAAGCUGACUGUCAGGGGCUUGCCUGCCAAAUUUAUAGAAGACCUGAGAAGCCAAGAAGCCACAGAAGGGGCCACAGCAGUCUUAAGAUGCGAACUGAGCAAGGCUGCCCCUGUCGAGUGGAGGAAGGGGUCCGAGACCCUGAAAGAUGGGGACAGAUACACCCUGAGGCAGGAUGGGGCCGUGUGUGAACUGCAGAUCCAUGGCCUGGCUGUGGUGGAUACUGGAGCGUACUCAUGUGUGUGUGGGCAGGAGAAGACCUCGGCCACACUGAAUAUUAAUGCCCUGCCCACCAAGUUUACCGAGGGCCUGAGGAAUGAAGAGGCCACGGAAGGAGCCAUGGUGACUCUGAGGUGCCAGAUGAGCAAGGCAGCCCCUGUGGAGUGGAGGAAAGGGUCUGAGACCCUGAAAGAUGGGGGCAGAUACAGCCUGAAGCAGGAUGGGGUCAUGUGUGAGCUACAGAUCUGUGGCCUGACCAUGGAAGAUUCUGGGAAAUAUUCAUGCAUAUGUGGGCAGGAGAAGACCUCAGCCACACUGAGUGUCAAGGCCUUGCCUCCCAGAUUCAUAGAAGACUUGAGAAGCCAAGAGGCCACGGAAGGCACCAUGGUGACUCUGAGGUGCCAGAUGAGCAAAGCAGCCCCUGUGGAAUGGAGAAAGGGGUCUGAGAGCCUGAGAGAUGGGGGCAGAUACAGCCUGAGGCAGGAUGGGGCCAUGUGUGAGCUGCAGAUCCAUGGCCUGGCUGUGGAAGAUGCUGGGGAGUACUCGUGCAUGUGUGGGCAGGAGAAGACCUCAGCCACACUGAGUGUCAAGGCUCUGCCCCCAAGAUUCAUAGAAGACUUGAGAAGCCAAGAGGCCAUGGAAGGCACCAUGGCAAGUCUGAAGUGUCAGAUGAGCAAGGCAGCCCCUGUGGAGUGGAGGAAGGGGUCUGAGACCCUGAAAGAUGGGGGCAGAUACAGCCUGAGGCAGGAUGGGGUCAUGUGUGAGCUGCAGAUCCGUGGCCUAGCUGUGGAAGAUGCUGGGGAGUACUCAUGCGUGUGUGGGCAGGAGAAGACCUCAGCCACACUGAGUGUCAAGGCCCUGCCCCCCAGAUUCAUAGAAGACUUGAGAAGCCAAGUGGCUAUGGAAGGCACCAUGAUGACUCUGAGGUGCCAGAUGAGCAAGGCAGCCCCUGUGGAGUGGAGGAAGGGGUCUGAGAGCCUGAGAGAUGGGGGCAGAUACAGCCUGAGGCAGGAUGGGGUCCUGUGUGAGCUGCAGAUCCGUGGCCUGGCUGUGGAAGAUGCUGGGGAGUACUCGUGCGUGUGUGGGCAGGAGAAGACCUCAGCCAUGCUGACUGUAGAUGCACUGCCCCCCAAGUUCACAGAGGGUCUGAAGAAGGAAGAGGCCACAGAAGGGACCAUGGUGACUCUGAGGUGCCAGACAAGCAAGGCUGCCCCUGUGGAGUGGAGGAAGGGGUCUGAGACCCUGAAAGAUGGGGGCAGAUACAGCCUGAGGCAGGAUGGGGUCCUGUGUGAGCUGCAGAUCCAUGGCCUGGCUGUGGAAGAUGCUGGGGAGUACUCAUGCAUGUGUGGGCAGGAGAAGACCUCAGCCACACUGAGUGUCAAGGCCUUGCCAGCCAGAUUCAUAGAAGACUUGAGAAGCCAAGAGGCCCCGGAAAGUUCAACAGUCACUUUGAGGUGUGAGCUAAGCAAGAAGGCCCCUGUGGAGUGGAGGAAAGGGUCUGAGAUCCUAAGAAACGGGGCCAGAUACAGCCUGAGGCAGGAUGGGGCUGUGUGUGAGCUGGAGAUCCAUGACCUGACAGUGGAAGAUACUGGAGAGUACUCAUGCACGUGUGGGCAGGAGAGGACCUCAGCCACACUGAGCAUUAUGGCUCCACAGGUGGUGUUCCAGAAGCCACUGCAGAAUCUACAAGCAGAAGAAGGCUCCACGGCCAGCCUGCGGUGUGAGCUGUCAGUCUCCAACACUGCUGUGGUCUGGAGCAAGGGCGGCCUGGAGCUGCAGGCUGACGCACGACGAGAGGCACAGCAGCAGGGCUGUGUGGCAGAGCUGCUGCUUCGGGACGUGCGCCGCGAGGAUGCGGGAGAGUACAGUUGCACCUGUGGGUCUCAGACCACAAGCGCCACGCUCAUGGUCACAGCUGCUCCUGUGAGGUUCCUCCGGGAACUGCAGGCCCAGGACAUAGAUGAGGGGACCACCGCACGCCUGUGGUGUGAGCUGAGCCAGGAGGCUGUGAGUGUGGAGUGGCGCAAGGGCUCCCUGCAGCUUUUUCCUUGUGCUAAGUAUCAGAUGGUGCAGGAGGGCACAACUGCUGAGCUGCUGGUCCAUGGGGUGGAGCAGGAGGAUGCCGGCGAAUACACCUGCGAUGCAGGCCACACGCAGAGCAUCGCCAGGCUCUCUGUCCGAGCCCCCAAGCCCAAGUUCAAGACUGGCCUGCAGAGCACAGAGCAGGAAGCAGGUGGCAUGGCCCGUCUGUGUUGUCAACUGAGCGAAGCUGAGCCAGGGGCUUCAGUGCAGUGGCUCAAGGAGGGGGUGGAGCUGCACGUUGGCGCCAAGUAUGAGAUACGGCGCCAAGGGGCUAUGUGUGAGCUGCUGAUUCGAGAGCUGGAGGCCAAGGACACUGGAGAAUACGCUUGUGUUGUGGGUGGCCAGAAGACCUUGGCCUCUCUCAGAGUCAAAGAGCCUGAGGUGACCAUUGUGCGGGGACUUGUGGACAUGGAGGUGCAGGCUGAUGAGGAUGUGGAGUUCACCUGCAAGGUGUCACAGGCAGGAGCCACAGAUGUGCAGUGGCAUCUCCAAGGCCUGCCACUGCAGAGCAAUGAAGUGACAGAGGUGGCUGUUCUUGGAGAUGGCUGUACCCACGUGCUCCAGUUGAAGGGUGUGACCCUGGAGGAUGCUGGUACUGUCUCCUUCCACGUGGGCAGCCAUUCAUCUUCUGCUCAGCUCACAGUCCGAGUCCCUGAGGUGACCAUUCUGGAGCCCCUGAAGGAUGUGCAGCUCAGCGAGGGCCAGGAUGCCCACUUCCAGUGCCGGCUGUCCAGGGCCUCAGGCCAGGAGGCUCACUGGGCUUUGGGAGGGGUUCCCUUGCAGUGCAACGAGAUGAACGACAUCACUGUGGAGCAGGGCACCCUCUAUCUGCUCACUCUGCACAAGGUGACUCUCGAGGAUGCUGGAACCAUCACUCUCCAAGUGGGAUCAUGCUCCUCAGAGGCCCAGCUGAAGGUUACAGAGGCAGCACUAUGCCUGGUACGAGGCUUGCAGAAUGUGGAUGUCUUCGCGGGGGAGGUGGCCACGUUCUCCUGUGAGGUAUCUCGUGCAGGCGGGCCGGAGGCCCGCUGGUGGCUGGAUGGCACCCUGCUUCAGAACAGCCCUGAGAGUGCCAUCACUGUACGAGAGGGCACUGUUCACUCCCUCACGCUCUCGGGCCUUGGGGUGGCUGACUCAGGCACCAUCACCUUCCGCACAGGGCCCCUGGUCUCCACAGCCAAGUUAUUGGUCAAAGAUCCCACAGUGGAGGUGGUGAGUGCCAUGCAGGACCUGGUGGUGGAGGAGGGUGGCUCAGCUGAGCUCCUCUGCCAGUACUCGAGGCCCGUGCAGGCCACAUGGAAGAUGAACGAGCAGGAGGUGUGCGCAGAUGGGCACCGUGUCAUCAUAGAGCAGGACUGGACCGUAGCCAGGCUGACCCUCAGGACAGCCCUGCCCUGUGACAGCGGCAUCUAUUCUUGUGAGGCCGCGGGCACUCGAGUUGUGGCACUGCUCCAAGUGCAAGCCAAAAACACAGUGGUGCGUGGCCUGGAGAACGUGGAUGCACUGGAGGGCGGUGAGGCUCUGUUCGAGUGCCAGCUGUCCCAGCCUGAAGUGGCUGCCCACACCUGGCUGCUGGACGACGAGCCUGUGCACACAUCGGAGAACGUGGAGAUGGUCUACUUCGAGAACGGACUGCGGCACCUACUUCUGCUCAAAAACCUGAAGCCACAGGACAGCUGCCGGGUGACCUUCCUGGCAGGGGAUGUGGUCACAUCUGCAUUCCUCACUGUGAGAGGCUGGCGCUUGGAGGUCCUAGAGCCCCCACAAGAUGCAUCCGUGAAAGCUGGUACGCAGGUCCGCUUCACUUGCAUACUAAGUGAGGCAGUGCCUGUGGGCGAGGCUACUUGGUACAUCAAUGGGGCUGCCAUCCAACCUGAGGACGCUGACUGGACAGUCACCGCAGAUGGCAGCCACCAUGCUCUGACGCUGAGCAACGCCCAGCCCCAACAUGCUGGAGAGGUCACAUUUGCAGCACGUGAUGCCGUGGCCUCUGCUCGCCUCUCUGUGUUGGCUCUCCCUGAUCCCCCUGAGGAUGCUGAAGUGGUGGGUCGCAGUGACCACUCUGUGACCCUAUCCUGGGUGGCUCCCAUGAGUGAUGGCGGUGGUGGUCUAUGUGGUUAUCGUGUGGAGAUGAAGGAGGCAUCCACAGGCCAGUGGCAGUUGUGCCACGAGUUGGUACCUGGCCCAGAGUGUGUGGUGGACGGCCUGGUCCCUGGGAAGACUUACCGCUUCCGAGUGGCAGCUGUGGGUCCAGCAGGCGCUGGGGAGUCUGUACAUCUACCCCAGAUGGUCAAAAUAGCAGAAUCAAUGGAACCUAAACCAGCCCCAGUCCCAGCAACAAGGCGGGUAGUGGUUGGUGAAGAUGUGUGUCUGGAGUUGGAAAUGGCAGCUGAUGCUGGCGAGGUCGUCUGGCACAAGGGAACAGAGCGCAUCCAGCCCAGCGGGCACUUUGAGGUCCUCUCUCAGGGUCAGCGGCAGAUGCUGGUGAUCAAGGGCUUUAGGACCGAAGACCAAGGGGAGUACCGCUGUGGUCCCAUCCAGGGUCAGCCCUCCUCGGGAGCUGCCAUGUUCAAUGUGGUCAUGACCUCAGGCUCUGGGGAUGAGGUCCCUGCACAGCCUAGCCUGCCUCCUGAGGCAGCUCAGGAGGGUGACCUGCAUCUGCUUUGGGAGGCCCUUGCCCGGAAGCGCCGCAUGAGUCGGGAGCCCACACUGGACUCCAUCAGCGAGCUGCCUGAGGAAGACAGCCGUGUGCACCAUCUGCGGCAGGAGGCAGAAGAGACAGCUCCGGACCUCUCUGAGGGCUACUCUACAGCUGACGAGCUAGCACGCACAGGAGAAGCUGACCUCUCACACACCAGCUCUGACGAUGAGUCUCGGGCUGGCACCCCUUCCUUAGUUACCUACCUCAAGAAAGCCGGGGGUCCUGGGAUCUCACCCUUGGCCAGCAAGCAUGAGGCCCAGUUGACCACGUCUGUGAAGCCACAAAAGCAGCAGGAGCCAGUAGUGCCCACGUGCCCACUGCCAGAAGAUUUGAGUGCAGCAGAUUUGAAGGAUCCAUCCCUGGACAAGGCAGCUGUGAAGAUCCAGGCUGCCUUUAAGGGCUACAAAGUGCGGAAGGAGAUGAAGCAGCAGGAAGGCCCUGUGUUCUCACGAACAUUUGGGGACACAGAGGCACAGGUUGGGGAUGCCCUGCGGCUGGAGUGUGUGGUGGCCACCAAGGCUGAUAUGCAGGCCUGCUGGUUGAAAGAUGGCAUCGAGUUAACAGAUGGGCGCCACUACCACAUAGACCAGCUCAAGGAUGGAACCUGCUCUCUGCUGGUCACUGGCCUGGGCCCCACUGACUCUGGCCGUUACACCUGUCAGGUGAGCACCAAGUUUGGCCGUGUGAGCCACAGUGCCUGCGUGGUGGUCAGUGGGACAGAGAGCGAGGCUGAGAGCUCCUCUGGGGGAGAGCUGGAUGAUGCCUUCCACCGGGCAGCAAGACGCCUGCACCGCCUCUUCCGCACCAAGAGCCCAGCUGAGCUUUCAGAGGAGGAACUCUUCCUGAGCGCUGAUGAAGGCCCUGCGGAGCCAGAGGAGCCUGCAGACUGGCAAACAUAUCGAGAGGAUGAGAACUUUGUGUGCAUCCGUUUCGAGUCCCUUGCAGAGGCCCGCCGGGCAGUCACCUGCUUCCGUGACAUGUUUGCCACCAUGGGCAUCGGGGUGGAGAUCAGCCUAGGGGAGCAGGGACCCCGGGGAGUGGAGAUGCGCAUUGGCAAAGUGGCCCCCACUGUCACCCCUGCAGUGCUGCUUGCAAAGACACCUGGCCUGCAGACUUCAGAUGCUGCCCCAGUGUUCCUGACUGAGCUUCAGAACCAAGACGUACAAGAUGGCUACCCCAUGAGCUUCGACUGUGUGGUAACAGGCCAGCCUGUGCCCAGUGUGCGCUGGUUCAAGGAUGGGAAGUUGCUAGAAGAGGAUGACCACUACAUGAUCAACGAGGACCAACAGGGGGGUCACCAGCUCAUCAUCACAGCUGUGGUGCCGGCAGACAUGGGCGUCUACCGCUGCCUGGCAGAGAACAGCAUGGGCGUCUCCUCCACCAAGGCUGAGCUUCGUGUGGAACUGACCAGCACAGACUAUGACACUGCUGCUGAUGCUACUGAGACGUCAUCGUACUUCAGCGCCCAGGGAUACCUAUCCAGCCGGGAGCAAGAGGGAACGGAGUCAGAUGAGGGGCAGCUUCCCCAGGUGCUAGAGGAACUGAAAGACCUCCAAGUGGCCCCUGGCACACGCUUGGCCAAGUUCCAGCUCAAGGUGAAAGGCUAUCCAGCUCCCAAACUGUACUGGUUCAAAGAUGGCCAGCCCCUGACCACAUCUGACCACAUCCGCAUGACUGACAAAAAGACCCUGCACACCCUGGAGAUCGUCUCCGUCACGCGGGAGGACAACGGCCAGUAUGCAGCCUAUAUCAGCAAUGCUGUGGGUGCUGCCUAUUCGUCAGCCCGGCUGCUGGUCCGAGGUCCCAGUGAACCAGAAGAGAAGCCAGCAUCAGAUGUUCAUGAGAGGCUGGUGCCACCCCGAAUCCUGGAGAAGUUCACCCCCAAGAAAGUAAAGAAGGGCUCCAGCAUCACCUUUUCAGUGAAGGUGGAAGGACACCCGGCUCCCAGUGUGCAUUGGCUCAAGGAGGAGGCAGAGAAGGGAGUGCUGUGGAUUGGCCCUGAUACCCCUGGCUACACCAUGGCCAGCUCUUCCAAGCAGCAUAGCCUGGUUCUGCUGGACAUAGGCCGACAGCACCAGGGCACCUACACAUGCAUUGCCACCAACGCUGCUGGCCAGGCGCUGUGCUCUGCCAGUCUGCACAUCUCCGGCUUAGCCAAAGAAGAAGAGCAGGAGAGAGUGAAGGAGGCCCUCAUUUCCUCCUUCCUGCAAGGGACAAGUCAAGCUGUCUCAGCCCAGAUGUCAGAAUCUGCAGGUUUUGCUGAUCUUGUCGGGCAAAGGAAAGGUGAGUCCCUGGUGGCUGAGGAGGCCCACAGUCACCUGUCCCUUGCUGAGGUGGGCACAGAAGAGUUCCUGCAGAAACUCACCUCGCAGAUCACGGAGAUGGUAUCGGCCAAGAUCUCGCAGGCCAAACUCCAGGUGCCUGGAGGUGACAGCGAUGAGGAGUCCAAGACACCAUCUGCUUCUCCUCGGCAUGGCCGGUCACGUCCUUCCUCCAGUGUUCAAGAGUCUUCCUCAGAGUCAGAGGAUGGGGACUCCCGUGGUGAGAUCUUUGACAUCUACGUGGUCACAGCUGACUAUCUGCCCCUGGGAGCUGAGCAGGAUGCCAUCAUCCUGAGAGAAGGCCAGUAUGUGGAGGUCCUUGACUCAGCCCAUCCCCUGCGCUGGCUUGUACGCACCAAGCCCACCAAAUCCAGCCCUUCCAGGCAGGGCUGGGUGUCACCUGCCUACCUGGACAAGAGGCUCAAGCUGUCUCCUGAGUGGGGGCCCACUGAGGCCCCCGAGUUCCCUGGUGAGGCUGUGUCUGAGGAUGAGUAUAGAACGAGGCUGAGCUCUGUCAUCCAGGAGUUGCUGAGUUCAGAGCAGGCUUUUGUGGGUGAGCUGCAGUUCUUGGAGAGUCACCACAUGAAGCACCUGGACCGAUCUCCCCGCGUACCCGCAGCCGUGGCCAGCCAGAAGACAGUCAUCUUUCGUAAUGUGCAGGACAUCAGCCAUUUCCACAGCAGCUUCUUGAAGGAGCUGCAGGGCUGUGGCACUGACGAUGAUGUGGCCAUGUGCUUCAUCAAGAACCAGGAGGCCUUUGAGAAGUACCUCGAGUUCCUGGUGGGCCGCGUGCAAGCUGAAUCAGUGGUCGUCAGCACCCCAGUCCAGGAGUUCUAUAAGAAAUAUGCAGAAGAGACACUGUCAGCCAAGGACCCCACACAACCACCCCCACCUCCUCUUCAGCACUACCUGGAGCAGCCAGUGGAACGGGUGCAGAAAUACCAGGCCUUGCUGAAGGAGCUAAUCCGCAACAAGGCCCGCAAUCGGCAGAACUGCGCACUGCUGGAGCAGGCCUAUGCCGUGGUGUCUGCCCUGCCUCAGCGUGCUGAGAACAAGCUGCACGUUUCUCUCAUGGAGAACUACCCAGGAACCCUGGAGGCCCUGGGAGAACCUAUCCGCCAGGGCCACUUCAUAGUGUGGGAGGGGGCCCCAGGGGCCCGGAUGCCUUGGAAGGGCCACAACCGGCAUGUCUUCCUCUUCCGAAACCACCUGGUGAUCUGUAAGCCCCGGAGAGACUCUCGCACUGACACCUUCAGCUAUGUGUUCCGGAACAUGAUGAAGCUGAGUAGCAUCGACCUGAAUGACCAGGUAGAGGGGGAUGACCGUGCCUUUGAGGUGUGGCACGAGAGGGAAGACUCUGUGCGAAAGUACCUACUGCAGGCAAGGACCGUCAUCAUCAAAAACUCAUGGGUGAAGGAGAUCUGUGGUAUCCAGCAGCGCCUUGCCCAGCCUGUAUGGCGUCCCCCUGAGUUUCAAGACGAACUAGCUGACUGCACAGCCGAGCUGGGUGAAACGGUCAAACUAGCAUGCCGAGUGACUGGCACACCUAAGCCUAUCGUCAGCUGGUACAAAGAUGGGAAGCCAGUGGAGGUGGACCCACACCACAUCCUCAUUGAAGACCCUGACGGCUCCUGUACCCUCAUCUUGGACAACCUUACUGGCAUAGACUCUGGCCAGUACAUGUGUUUUGCGGCCAGUGCUGCUGGCAAUGCCAGCACCUUGGGGAAGAUUCUAGUACAAGUGCCCCCACGCUUUGUGAACAAGGUCCGGGCCACACCCUUUGUGGAGGGAGAAGAUGCACAGAUCACCUGCACCGUGGAAGGAGCCCCGUACCCUCAGAUCAGGUGGUACAAGGAUGGUGCCCUGCUAACCCUGGGUAACAGGUACCGGAUGUUGAAUGAGCCCCGCAGUGGUGUGCUGAUGCUGGUGAUCAAGGCGGCCACCAAGGAGGACCUGGGACACUAUGAAUGUGAGUUGGUGAACCGGUUGGGCUCAACACGUGGUGGUGGAGAACUAUACAUGCAGAGCCCUGCACUGCGUGCCCGGGACCAGCACCACCGGGAUCAGCUUGUGGCUGCUGUGGAAGACACCUCCGUGGAGGGCUCUGCUCACCCCGCCGGGGACGGAGCUGACCAACAAGCCGCUUCUGUCCUCUGGAGGCUGCUGGGCUCAGAAGCCCUCGGCCCCUCCCCAGGGGAUUUCCCGAACACUAGACAAAGUGAGCCACCUGCAUUUGAAGAGGCUGCAUCCCAGAUCCCAGGCACAGCUUCAGGUACACCUGGUGAAGUCCCAAAGGUCUCACAGCCUGGCACACCCAAAAGCCUGGAGCAGGAGACAACUCCUGGGUCCCAGGGACGGACUGUACCUAUUCGGGUGGAGGGAACAGCCUGGCCAGGUGCAGGCACUGGGCAGCUGCUCUUGGAUGUGCACAGCCAAGUCAUCAUGGAGACCACACAGAGGACCUACGUGUGCCAAGCUCCUGACACAGGUGUCACAAGGGCCCCAUCCAUGCAGGUCACUAUUGAGGAUGUGCAAGUACAAGUAGGGGACAUGGCACAGUUUGAUGCUGUCAUUGAAGGCAACCCACCGCCUAUAGUGACCUGGUACAAGGACAGUACCCAGCUGACGAACAGUGCCCGGCUGAGCCAGCGGCAAGAUGGAACGGCAUAUUCCUUGGUGUUGACUGACGUGGCUCCACGUGAUGCCGGUGUCUACACGUGUGUUGCCAGUAAUGCAGGUGGACAAGUGCUGUGCAAGGCAGAGCUGCUGGUCCACGGGGGGGACAAGCUAGAUGCCGAAAAGCAAGUCUAUCGGAGAAAGCUGCAUUCCUUCUAUGAGGUGCAAGAAGAGAUUGGAAGGGGUGUGUUUGGUUUCGUGAAAAGAGUUCAGCAUAAAGGAAACAAGAUGUCCUGUGCUGCCAAGUUUAUUCCCCUGCGGAGCAAAACUCGGGCCCAGGCAUACCAGGAACGAGAUAUCUUGGCUACACUCAGCCACCCACUGGUCACUGGGCUCCUGGACCAAUUUGAGACCCGGAAGAGUCUCAUCCUCAUCUUGGAACUAUGCUCAUCUGAGGAGCUGCUGGAUCGACUCUUCAAGAAGGGUGUAGUGACUGAAGCUGAGGUCAAGGUCUAUAUCCAGCAGCUGGUGGAAGGCCUACACUAUUUGCACAGCCAUGAUAUCCUCCACCUGGACAUAAAGCCCCCCAACAUCCUGAUGGUGCACCCAGCUCGGGAAGACAUUAAGAUCUGUGACUUUGGCUUUGCCCAAAAGAUCACCCCUUCAGAGCCACAGUACAGCAAGUACGGCUCACCUGAAUUCGUGUCCCCAGAGAUCAUUGAGCAGAAUCCUGUGAGUGAGGGCUCAGACAUCUGGGCCAUGGGCGUCAUCUCCUACCUCAGUCUCACCUGCUCAUCCCCAUUUGCUGGAGAGAGUGACCGUGCCACGUUGCUCAAUGUUUUGGAGGGGCGGGUCUCUUGGAGCAGUCCCACGGCUGCCCACCUGAGCGAGGAUGCCAAGGACUUCAUCAAGGCCACGCUGCAAAAGACCCCCAGGGCCCGGCCUAGUAGUUCCCAGUGCCUUGCCCACCCCUGGUUCCUGAAAUCUGUGCCUGCUGAAGAGGCCCACUUCAUCAACACCAAACAGCUCAAGUUCCUUCUUGCUCGAAGUCGCUGGCAGCGUUCCUUGAUGAGCUACAAGUCUAUCCUGGUGAUGCGCUCCAUCCCUGAGCUGCUCCAGGGUCCUCCUGACAGUCCAUCUCUAGGAGUGGCCCGGCACCUACGAGGGGAAGCCAGUGGUUCCUCUAGCUCGUCAUCUUCCUCGGACAAUGAGCUUGCCCCUUUUGCCAGGGCUAAGUCGCUGCCACCUUCCCCUGUAACUCACUCGCCACUGCUGCACCCUCGGGGCUUUCUGCGGCCUUCGGCCAGCCUCCCAGAGGAGGCAGAGGCCAGCCUGCCCACUGCUGAUACGGCCAUGCCAGCAUCCCCCCAGGGUGCUGGGCCUCCAGCAAGUCCAGGUUGUGUGCCCCGGCACAGCGUCAUCAGUAGCCUGUUCUACCAGCAGGCUGGUGAGGGUGCAGAGCGUGGGAGCAAAGCGUUGGGUGCCAAGAGACACCCUGCUCGGAAGCGGCACCUGCUAAAGGGGGGGUACAUUGCAAGGGCCCUACCCAGUCUGCGAGAGCCACUGAUGGAGUACAGCUUCUUGGAGGAAGAGGCUGCUAGGGAGGAACAGGCUUCUCUGAUGACCAAGACACCCUCUUAUGAGACCGCCUUGCGACUACCUAGUUCCACUGUCAGAGAGGUCCCAGGCCGAAGCCGCUCCCUGGACAACCCACCAGUCACAACUGGCCCCUCUCCUGAGGCAUGCAAAGAUCAAUACCUGUUCCCACCCUCCUCGGGGUUGACUCAUGAAACCACUGCCAAGGACAUGGGGCACAAAGAGGGGCUCUUGCAGGAGUCUGCCCCCUUUUCACCUACGAGUGGUGACUCAAGGCUUGUUAAGCAAGAAGGAUCAUCUCAGGACAGUUGUAGAGGGAAACCAACCCCUUCCUGUCACUCUGAACUGGGUUCUGGCCCCCAGGAGGGCUGUGGCCCUCCAUCAUCACAAUCACUUGGCUCCUUACCUCCACAGUCACCGAAGGAGGAGCUCUCAAUGUCCUGUGGCCCACUCUUUUCAGAACAGCCUCGGGCAGCCCCAUUCCCAACUCAAGCAAGCCCCCUUCUGGGUUCUGAGAUGAAACCUCAGGCUAGCUCUCUACCUGAAAGGCCAUGUCCAGUUCCCUCCAGUUCCCCAGGGUCAGCCUCCCAGGGAGAUGUGUCCCUGGAUACCGAAGGCUUGUCUGAAGCUGGGGACACAUGUGACUUCACGCCUCCUCCACAGCGGCCUCAGGAGCAGGCCACCACCCGGAAGUUCUCUCUGGAAUCCCGUGGGGGCUAUGCCGGAGUGGCAGGCUAUGGCACCUUUGCCUUUGGCGGGGAUGCAGGGGGGAUGCUAGGGCAGGGUCCUCUUUGGGCUAGGAUGGCCUGGGCUGUGUCCCAGUCCUCAGAAGAGCAAGAUGAAGCUGUGACUGAGAGCCCUCAACCUCUGGAGAGCUCCGGGCCCGCUGCCGAGGCCAGUCGGGUUCCCCUAAGGACCUCUCCAAGCCUCACCCCAUGGGAGGAAGUUGAGCAGGUUUCCCUGGUACAGAUUCGGGAUCUGUCUGGCGAUGCAGAAGCAGCCGAUACCAUCUCCUUGGACAUUUCUGAGGUAGACCCUGCUUACCUCAACCUCUCUGAUCUAUAUGAUAUCAAGUAUCUCCCAUUUGAGUUCAUGAUCUUCAAGAGGGUCCCCAAACCUGUAGAGCAGCCAGAGUCACCUGGCUCAGAAACUGAAGCCGGGCAAGAGUUAGCAGAUUUCCUGGAGGAGGCCGUGUGGCCCUGGCCAGGCGAGCUGGGACUGCGUGCUGGCCUGGAGAUCACAGAGCAGCCAGAGGAGCCAGGGGACCUGGAAACACUGCUGGGCGAGGCUGCUGGGGGCAGGAAGCGCAAGUGGUCCCCUUCCCGGGGCCUCUUCCAGUUCCCUGGGAGGUGCCUGUCAGGGGAGGAGCCAGUGGAGCUUGGGCUGCGCCAGAGGGUGAAGGCUUCCAUGGCUCACAUCUCCAGGAUCCUGAAGGGCAAGCCAGAAGGUCCUGAGAGGGAAGGGCCUCCCAGAAAGAAGGCAGGCCUAGCUUCUUUCCGGCUCUCAGGCCUAAAGGGCAGGGACCAAGCACCAUCCUUCCUAAGAGAACUCUCAGACGAGGCUGUGGUCCUGGGCCAAUCAGUGACACUGGCCUGCCAGGUUUUGGCCCAGCCAACUGCCCAGGCUACCUGGAGCAAAGACGGGGUCCUCCUGGAGAGCAGCGGCCACCUCCUCAUCUCUUCCACCCUGAAGAACUUCCAGCUGCUGACCAUCCUGGUGGUGACAGAGGAGGAUCUGGGCUCAUACACCUGCUGUGUGAGCAAUCCACUGGGGACAGCUGUCACCACAGGUGUCCUCCGGAAAGCAGAGCGCCCUUCGUCUUCUCCACGCCCGGAGGUGGGAGAACUAUACACAGAUGCAGUGCUGCUGGUCUGGAAGCCUGUGGAAUCCUGUGGCCCGGUGACCUACAUUGUGCAGUGCUGUAUAGAAGGAGGCAGCUGGACAACCCUAGCCUCUGACAUCUCCGACUGCUGCUACCUCACCGGCAAGCUGUCCAGGGGUGGCAUGUAUACCUUCCGGACAGCAUGUGUCAGCAAAGCAGGAAUGGGCCCCUACAGCAGCCCCUCAGAACAGGUCCUCCUCGGAGGACCCAACCACCUAGCCUCUGAGGAGGAAAGCAGCCCGGGGAGGCCAGCCCAGCUUCUCCCCAGCACAAAGACCUUUGCCUUCCAGAUGCAGAUCCGGAGGGGCCGCUUCAGUGUGGUGAGGCAGUGUAGGGAGAAGGCAAGUGGGCGGGCGCUGGCUGCUAAGAUCAUUCCCUACCAGCCUGAGGACAAGACAGCUGUACUAAGAGAAUAUGAGGCACUUAAGAGACUGCACCACCCACAUCUGGCCCAACUCCACGCUGCCUACCUCAGUCCCCGGCACCUGGUGCUCAUCCUGGAGCUGUGCUCUGGCCCUGAGCUGUUACCCUCUUUGGCAGAGAGGGACUCCUACUCAGAGUCUGACGUGAAGGACUACCUGUGGCAGAUGCUGAGUGCCACCCAGUACCUGCAUGCCCAACACAUCCUGCACCUAGACCUGAGGUCUGAGAACAUGAUGGUCACUGAGUACAACCUGCUUAAGGUUAUAGACCUGGGGAAUGCCCGGAGUCUUGGCCAAGAGAAGGUCCCACCCCCUGAGAACUUCAAAGACUACCUGGAGACUAUGGCUCCAGAACUUCUGGAAGGCCAAGGGGCUGUUCCACAGACAGACAUCUGGGCAAUUGGUGUAACAGCCUUUAUUAUGCUGAGUGGCGAGUAUCCAGAGAGCAGCGAGGGGACUCGCGACCUGCAGAAAGGCUUGCGCAAGGGACUCAUUCGGUUGAGUCGCUGCUAUGCAGGAUUAUCAGGGGGUGCCGUAGCCUUCCUGCAGAGUUCAUUAUGUGCUCAACCCUGGGGCCGCCCGUGCGCUUCCACCUGCUUGCAGUGCGGGUGGCUGACAGAGGAGGGCCCCACUGGCUCCCGACCCACGCCCGUAACCUUCCCCACCGUGCGGUUGCGCGCCUUUGUGCGGGAGCGCGAGAAGCGGCGGGCACUCCUCUACAAGAAGCACAACCUGGCCCAGGUGCGCUGAGGUCCAGCUCUACAGAACUUGAUGUGCCACACAUGCGGACAGCCGCCAAUAAAAGAUGCCAAACGCCCAAA